UACAACAGUAUCUGUGCCUAGAGAGCAGCCAGCUGCCAUGCUUACUUUUGACUGCACUACUUUCGAUGACAAUGGCGAGGCUGGCCGAUUCCAGUUCAAUGGUUCGUUUCCAGAGAUGGCCAAACUCCUCACUCGAUUGGAGACUUUCAAAGACGUUUACUGGAAAACCAACCGGAAACACCUGGCCAACGCUGGAUUUUUCUUCACCGGACGUAAGACAACUGUACAAUGUUUCUAUUGUGGACUGCGACUGGCCGAAUGGGAACCAACCGACGAUGCGUGGAAGGCUCACGCGGAAGCGGCUUCGGCCGAGGGCUGCUAUUAUCUAACACAUAUGAAGGGCAAACGUUUUGUCGAAGGUGGAGACACCAAUGAGGAACUGUACUCCUGUUUCAAGCCAGAUGAUUUCGUUGGAAUAUGGACUCCAUGUAAGCAAAUUACUAAAUGUGUUUUAUGUAAUUGGGAGUUUGCACUAGUGCCCAAGGAUAUAAACGAAGAGAUCGUCGAGGAAACAGAAGCGAGAGUUACAGAAACGCCAGAGAAAACCGCGAAUUAAGCCGUCAAAUGCUCUGCAACUGUGCAGUGAUUACAUCUCGGGAGAAUAUUUCAAGAACAGUUACUGGAACUGAGUCUUUCAUAUUGAUAUUAGUAAUGGUAUUAACAAGUGACAGUUUAUAAAUUACUAUGAUGAAAAAAUAGUACAUACUGACAUUGCGAAGGCCACUUUAGUGAAAAUAAAUAAAUUUGAAUCAUUUU